UGCCUCAUAGGCAUUAUUUCAGCCAUAUACCGACGCCUACAUAAAGACAACUUAAGGUCCCAGUACAAGUCGAAUUUGGGACGAACGUAUCUAUUUCUCGUUUUGAGCCAACAAUUACAUGUAUAUAUCUUAUUGCUUCCUUCAAUGUUAUUUCCGAUCACAUUUUGUUCUUGUAUGUAUGAGGGUACAUCGUUACUGUAUCACAGUUCCUGCACAAAGAUGAGUUACAUGUACAAGGAAACAAGGGACGUCAUAUUUGGAACGAGCAUUAAUGGCGGGGUAGCCAAUCCCGUUGUCAAGUCGUUCAAAACCUUACAGACAGGCGCUGUAUUUGAGGCUAAAGUGGGUGAUGAGUACUGGGGGUACACCACUUCCUCUAGAUGAGAUGACGACACCUCUACCGCCGUCUCACAAUGGCACCAACAUCACUCUCACUGACAAAGAUGCAAGAAACUGCACAAAGAUGAGCGACCAAUACAAGGGCACACGGGACGUCAAAUUUGGGUCUAGCAUUAAUGGCGGAAUAGCCAAUCCCAUCGUCAAGCCGUUUACUUCGUUACAGACAGGCGCUAUGUUUGAGGCUAAAGUUGGUGAUGAUUACUGGCUGUCAAACACACCACUUCCUCUAGAUGACAUGACGACACCUCUACCGCCGUCUCACAAUGGCGCCAACAUCAUUCUCACUGACAAAGAUGCAAGAUUAACUCUGACCAUCACUGUGACCUGUGACCCCCACUACUAUGGACCCAGGUGUUCUGUCCUGUGUGACCCAGGACCAGCAGAUCACUACACGUGUGGCCCGGAUGGGUCGAAAAGGUGCGUUAAAGGGUACGGCGGUUUAUAUUGUGAGACAACACCAUGCAGAGCCUCAACCUGUAAGAAUAACGGAACGUGUCGCAUUAACGGAACAGGACACCAAUGUGAGUGUGCGCCUGGCUACAGCGGCAUCUCGUGUGAGACCACCCCCUGCACCAGCAAUCAUUGUAAGAAUCAAGGAACAUGUCGUCCUACUGGGUCAACGUUCAACUGUUCCUGUCCAUCUGGAUUUAACGGCACACUUUGUCAGACCACCCCCUGUUCAAGCAAUCCCUGUCAGAAUCAAGGAACAUGUCGUCCUACUGGGUCAUCGUUCAGCUGUUCCUGUCCAUCUGGAUUUAACGGCACACUUUGUGAGACAACUCCCUGCGUCAGCAAUCCUUGUCAGAAUCAAGGAACAUGUCGUCCUACUGGGUCAACAUUCAACUGUUCCUGUCCAUCUAGAUUUAACGGCACACUUUGUCAGACCACCCCCUGUUCAAGCAAUCCCUGUCAGAAUCAAGGAACAUGUCGUCCUACUGGGUCAACGUUCAACUGUUCCUGUCAAUCUGGAUUUAACGGCACACUUUGUCAGACCACCCCCUGCACAAGCAAUCCCUGUCAGAAUCAAGGAACCUGCCAUGCCACCGGGUCAAAUAUCACAUGUUCAUGUCCUCCAGGAUUUAGUGGGGUGCACUGUGAUAGAAGGGUUGUCAUGUCUACACUACAGAUGAUGUUUACAAAGCCUAUACCUGAUGUUAAAACUCAAAGUACAAGAACCUCUCCAACCACAGGUUUUGAAAAGUGUCUUUGCAAGAAUGGCGGCUCCUGUACAAAGGAAGAGAACGGCGUUGGCUGUGAUUGUACCUCAGGGUUCACUGGGCGGUAUUGUGAGACAGUGAUAGGGCUUUGUUCAGAUAGUCUUUGUAAGAAUGGAGGCACGUGUGUUGAGAAGCGAGGAAACCGCACCUGCCUCUGUCCACGUGGUUUCACAGGUGACACGUGUGAACACGUCGACCAUUGUAUCGUCAAUCGUUGUCAUCAAGGAACAUGCGUCAACAGCGGACACCAUUUUGUGUGUCGAUGUCACCCUGACUAUUCUGGUCAUCGAUGUGAAAUUCACAACCCCUGUCAUCAAAACGGCCCUUGUUUGAAUGGAGGGAUAUGUUUAGUGCAGGCACAGAAAGCCACGUGUCACUGCCGAAUUGGAUUUACUGGCUCUACAUGCGAAACAACGGUCAAAGGUUGUCCCGACAACAUCAGUAACUGUGAGUUUGCGGAGUGUCCAGAUCUUAACCCUGCUCGAUGUGUGCGUUGUCGGGCUGGCUACACGCAGGUUGAGGGAAGAUGCCAAACCUGUCCACCCCACACCCCCAUCCUGCACUGCGAGGAAGAGGCAUCAGUCGGGUGUCUCUUCUGGUGGUGCAACAGGUGCGAGCAGGGGUUUUACCGUGAAGCCACUGCGUGUGAAGUCUGUCCCCGUCUCCACGCCGGAUGUCGGGAUCACGUCUGCUCCUCCACUGAUGACGUCAGAUGUGUCAGUUGUCAUCCGGGCUUCUUCCUAGCUGGGAGCACGUGUAAGGAAUGCCCUUCCCCAAACCCAACAUGCGACGAAGUCAUCUGUAGUGAUGCCAAUGACGUGACAUGCACCAAGUGUAAAGAUGGAUACUUAGAAGUAGACGGCCAAUGCAUUCCGUGUCCGUCCACGAUCCUGAUCCCUGACUGUGUGGACGUAGGCAGAGACGGCUGCUUCAAACACUGGUGUAGGAAGUGUGCUCCUGGCUUUUUCAUCAGCGGAACAGCUUGUGAUGUUUGCGCCUUAACCAACGCGGGUUGUCAAAUGGCUGAGUGUAAUUCCACCGAAGACUCGCGCUGUGUCCGAUGUUUCCAUGGUUACGAAUUACAAGGUGGAACCUGCACACAUUCCCAUGACAACGGACCGAGUACUAUUUCCAGCCAGUGUGUGGAUCAUCUAAACGCCGACUGUGCCUCCCUACAGUCAUCUCUCAAUGUCUGCUCAGAACCGAGUACGGCCUGUCGCUCCUGCCCUCGGUACUGCAACAUGUGUCACACGUGCACCCAGGGAGUACCUAUAAUUGGAUAAUGAAGCAAUGUUAACUGUGCGAAAAGAAUCAUUUAAGAGUGCUUAUAUAAUAUAUUAUAUAUGGUAUACAUAAUAAAACCGUAAAAAACAUCAA